UUUUAAUUAAAAUGUCCGACUUUGUAACAAUGAAGGAUCUCGCAAGCGCUCUUGUUGAAAUAAAGCUUUUGCGAUCUGAAGUUCAGCUAUUGCGCGAAGAAAAACAGGAGGAUAAACGUUCUAUCCAAAUUUUGCGCAUGGCUAUGGUAAAUAAUGCAAUACGUGUAGAAACGUUAGAAAAGUGGUCCGAAGGGGUUUAUUUAUUCUCUAUUUCAUUGUACUAA